AUGUCCACAACAGACCCCGAAACCCGAUCUGUGACCGAACUUGCUCUACGAACAAUCACGACACAGAUAUUUGCACUCGCAAGCUACGGAAAUCUUUGCAGCCUGCUCAAUCUACCCAAGAACCAGCACGUUCUCUACGUGAUCUUGUUUUUCAUCUACCCAACGAUCAUCAUCGGCCAGUUAAUCCAAGGGUUCUGCUCUGCAAUUCACUACGCUUUCGUCCACGGCAGAGGCAGAGGCAGAAUCGCAAAGACAGGCUUGGGCUUCUAUGUGCAAGGAAUGUUUGGGGUGUAUAUUGAAAGAGAGUAUGAUGGCUUCUGGGAUGAUGGUAAUAAUAAACCUACGUUGUUUAACCUCGGGCAUGUUUCAGUCCAGAGUUCCACGCAUGCAAUUUCAUGGAAAUGGUUCGGAAGAAUGGUCAUCUGCAGCAUGGCUGUUGCGCAAGCGGUUGGGACCGUGUUUCUAUACAUACGCCGAUUGCAUCUCGUGAAAAAGAAUGAAAAUUGGAGCGAGGGGAUUAUGAUCGACACCCUCAAUGGAAUUGCGGCAUUUUGCAGUGCUUUAUCUGGUGUCGUAGCACUUUUGAUCCUCGUUUCGAGAUUAGAGUGGAAGAUCACGAACCGUCCUGUCUCCCUCGGAAGCUACCCUGAAUCCACGGAUUCGGAAUACUCCCACCGCGCUACCAUUAUUAUGCAAGUUCUAAUCGCUCUUUCUUGCAUUUUGGGGUCUAGGAGUUGCUUUUCACAUCUCUGCGAGAUUCGCUUUUUGUUUGGCGCAACUUACAUAUAUGUAUUUGGGGCUAUCAUUGUUUUUAUGUUAAUCAUUUGGCGAACCAAUUUUAUUAAGCUUAAUAAGCAUAUCAAAUUUGCUGCUAUCUUAUUCACUUCUGGAAUUUGUCUCGGUCUCUUGUAUUCUGAAUUUAUUGGGAAGCUCAUUAGAUGUAUUUCCGAGUUAUCGAGUAUGGAAAAUGGCGGUUGGAAGGAUCCACUCUCCGAUAAGCUUUUUGUUAUAUAG